CCCAUUCUAACUUUGCAUUCGCGGCUCCGGGAUCCACGGAAAGAGCUGAAGAUGUCGGCUCGAUCAUGUGUCCAAUCACAGCUGAUCACAUCAGUGCCACCUGUCAGUGUCCAUCAGUGCCAGCUGUCAGUGCUCAUCCACGCCACCUGCCAGUGCCCAUCAGUGACACAUCAGUGCCACAUUUCAGUGCCUACCAGUGCACAUCAAUGCCACAUAUCUGUGGCCAUCUAAGCUGCCUUUCAGUGUCACCCAUCAGUGCCCCAGUCAGUGCCACCUAUAAGUACCUAUCAGUGCCGCCAAUCAGUGCCACAUAUCAGUGCCAGUCAGUGCCACCUAUCAGUGCGCAUCAGUGCCGCCUAUCAGUGCCCGUCAGUGCUGCCUAUCAGUGCCGCCUAACAGUGCCAGUCAGUGCCACCUAACAGUGCGGCCUAUCAGCGCCAGUCAGUGCGGCCUAUCAGUGCCGACUAUCAGUGCCAUAUAUGAGUGCUGCCUUUCAGUGCCCAUCAGUGAUGCCUGUCAAUGCCAAUCAGUGCCACCUACCAGUGCCUCCUCAUCAGUGCCCAUCAGUGCCACCUAUCAGUG